UUUCUUUGUUUUGUGGGUUUGACUCGAGUUUUGAUCCUUUUCUUAUUUAUUUUUUUCCCCCGAAUUUUUGGUGCAUCAUUCGGUUUAUACCGAGACCAAUGUCAAGGAAAGGGUCAAGUAACGCUUCUUUGAGGGUAGUGUUGUUACAUGGUAACUUAGACAUUUGGGUGAAGGAAGCUAAAAAUCUUCCUAACAUGGAUCGUUUCCGGAGGUACAAGAAGAACAGUACAAGUGAUCCUUACGUGACUGUCUCUAUCGCAGAUGCAAAGAUUGGCACAACUUUUGUGAUCGACAACGAUGAGAAUCCUGUGUGGAUGCAGCAUUUCUAUGUACCGGUGGCUCACCAUGCUACGGUGGUUAAGUUUGUGGUGAAAGACAAUGACCGCUUUGGAUCAAGGUCCAUAGGAGAUGUUAGAAUCCCAACCGAGGAGUUGUGUUCAGAGAAUAGGAUCGAAGGGUUGUUUCCAAUACUUGGGAAGCCAUGUGAAGAGGGUGCUGUGUUGAGUUUGGCUAUUCAAUACACUCCAGUGGAAAGGAUGAGACUUUACCAAACGGGUGUUGGUUAUGGUAAUGAGUGUGAAGGAGUUCCCGGUACAUACUUCCCCUUGAGGAAAGGCGGUAGAGUUACUUUGUAUCAAGAUGCUCAUGUUGAAGACGGGACACUUCCGAGAGUGGAUCUCGAUGGUGGAAUGCAGUAUAUACAUGGAAAGUGCUGGGAGGAUAUGGCUGAUGCGAUUAGACAGGCAAAGAACUUGAUUUAUAUCACAGGAUGGUCAGUUUACCAUCCGGUUAGGCUGGUUCGUCGCAAUAAUGAUCCGACCAAUAGUACAUUAGGGGAUUUGCUUAAAGAAAAAUCUCAAGAAGGUGUUAGAGUGUUGCUAUUGGUGUGGGAUGAUCGAACUUCAUGGAACUUUCUGGGGCACAGAACAUGCGGAUUAAUGAAGACAAAUGAUGAGGAGACUCGCCAUUUUUUCAAGAACUCGUCGGUGCAAGUUAUUAUUUGUCCUCGAUCUUGUGGGAAAGGUCUUCACAGCUUUGUAAAAAAAACUGAAGUUAAAACUUACUACACACAUCAUCAAAAAACUGUGAUUGUAGAUGCUGAUGCAGCUCAGGGCCGAAGAAAGAUCGUAGCAUUUGUUGGAGGGCUAGACGUGUGCAAAGGACGUUUUGAUACUCCUAAGCAUCCUCUCUUUACGACAUUAAAGACUCUCCAUAAAGAUGAUUUCUAUAACCAAUGUUUUGGGACUACUGAUGAUGCUGGGCCAAGACAACCGUGGCAUGAUCUGCACAGCAAGAUUGAUGGUCCAGCAGCGUAUGACGUGCUUGCUAAUUUUGAACAGCGCUGGCUAGAGGCUUCAGAGAAACGGCACAGGAUUUCGAUACACAGAUCAUCUUCUAAGGAUGCCUUGCUUACGAUUGACAUAAUUUCAAAUAUCAUGGGACUAUAAGAAGCUACUUCUGUUAUUGAUAAUGAUCCAGAGUCUUGGAAUGUUCAGGUUUUUCGUUCCAUUGAUUCAACCUCAGUUGAAGGGUUUCCAAAAGAUUCAAAGGAAGCUAGUGCAAGAAAUCUUCAAUGUGGGAAGAAUUUACUCAUAGACAUGAGCAUACACACGGCUUAUGUUAAGGCGAUAAGAUCUGCUCAGCAUUUCAUUUACAUUGAGAACCAAUACUUUUUUGGAUCAUCCUUUAACUGGGAUUCACAUAAAAAACUUGGUGCUAAUAAUCUAGUUCCUAUGGAAAUUGCGCUUAAGAUUGCUAAUAAAAUUAGGGCAAGAGAAGAUUUUGCUGCUUAUAUUGUCAUUCCGAUGUGGCCGGAAGGUAAUCCAACGAAUAUAAUUGUGCAGAGCAUUUUACACUAUCAGUAUAAAACCAUGCAAAUGAUGUAUCGAACUAUCUACGAGGCACUUGUGGAAGCUGGACUUGAUGGUCAGUAUGUG